AGGAAUUACUUGGCAUUCAUCGCCAUUCACUUCAAAUUGAAUAACUGUGCCGUUUUGGCGUUCAGACUGAGGGACAGAUCCGCCAAAACUAGUCUUUUACUGGACAUUGAAUGGGAGGACAACCCGAAAGUGCCGGACAUGGAGUCAAUCGAAUGCGUCGGUUGGGAGAAGAACGAGAAGAACCUACUGUUGCCCCGAGUGGUCGACUUGAGUGCACUUAUGGAUCCGCACCGGUUGGCCGAAGGGGCCGUCGACUUGAAUCUCAAGUUAAUGCGCUGGCGAUUGGUUCCGUCUCUCGAUUUGGAAGCCAUAUGCGCCACAAAGUGUCUUAUCCUGGGUUCAGGAACUCUGGGCUGUUCUGUAGGCCGAGGAUUAUUGGCGUGGGGUAUAAGAAACGUAACAUUUGUGGACAACAGUGCCGUCUCGUACUCCAAUCCCGUCCGGCAGUCGUUAUUCACAUUCAACGACUGCUUAGACGGCGGCAAACCUAAGGCCGAGGCGGCGGCCGAAGCCUUAAAGACUAUAUUCCCGAACGUUAACUCUAAAGGCAUCCAACUGUCGCUCCCAAUGCCCGGACACCCGGUGCCCGACCAGCUUAAAGAAAAAUGCAGACAAGAAGUGCAACUUCUGGAGCAACUGAUCGAUGAUAACGAUGUGGUCUUCCUAUUGAUGGACACCAGAGAGAGCCGAUGGCUGCCGACAGUGUUGUCGGCCGUUAAGAAUAAGUUGGUCAUAAACGCUGCUCUUGGGUUCGACACCUUUUUAGUUCAAAGGCAUGGCGUGAGACGUACGGAGACUACAGGUGCGACCAACGAUCAGUCUAUUGUCGGAGCUGUCGGUGGCGAGCUUUCGACAACAUCUACGACUGGCACCGGGAGGUCGAGGCGAGUGAGUGGCGCCGAUUUGGGCUGUUAUUACUGCUCGGAUGUCGUCGCACCGGGAAAUGCGCUGUUUGUAUUGACGGGAAUCGCGUUGUUUUCUCCGCUCAUAAUCCCUGAACACCGGCGAAGAAGUUUAGCCCCGAAUCUGAACGUCGAGUCUAUUAAUAGAUUUCUAGAAAAUCAAAUGAAUUUCAUGUCGGAGUCGGCUAUCAGUAGGUCUCUGCGUCAUAUGAGAGACAUGUCUUCGCCAGCAACUGAUCCACAACUGGUUAAGUACUAUCCGUUCCGUUCAGUCAUCGAAACGGGAUUUUGGCACUCAUUGGCCACCAAGAAGUUGAAUACCAUUCGCUUGGAUGACAGCCCUAUUGACAUCACCGGCCACUACAGGAACGAUUUGUCAUUAAAUUUGCCGCCACUUCUCAAUAUUAACUACGACUCCUUCCAGAGUACCAUCGAUUCGGGCAAAGAAUGUCAUCCAUUGUUCGGUCGACUGAUUGUCACCAAUACUUCUGAAGAGUUUGCCGUCAAAGAUAAGAAACUAUUGAUGAAAGAGUUAGCAAAAGAGGUAGAGUUCAUCACUUCACUACUUCCAUGGGAUAUAUACUUUUCAUUCGCCGACUCCAGUAGUUCCCAGUCAUACCCGGGUUGGCCUCUAAGGAAUUACUUGGCAUUCAUCGCCAUUCACUUCAAAUUGAAUAACUGUGCCGUUUUGGCGUUCAGACUGAGGGACAGAUCCGCCAAAACUAGUCUUUUACUGGACAUUGAAUGGGAGGACAACCCGGAAGUGCCGGACAUGGAGUCAAUCGAAUGCGUCGGUUGGGAGAAGAACGAGAAGAACCUAUUGUUGCCCCGAGUGGUCGACUUGAGUGCACUUAUGGAUCCGCACCGGUUGGCCGAAGGGGCCGUCGACUUGAAUCUCAAGUUAAUGCGCUGGCGAUUGGUUCCGUCUCUCGAUUUGGACGCCAUAUGCGCCACAAAGUGUCUUAUCCUGGGUUCAGGAACUCUGGGCUGUUCUGUAGGCCGAGGAUUAUUGGCGUGGGGUAUAAGAAACGUGACAUUUGUGGACAACAGUGCCGUCUCGUACUCCAAUCCCGUCCGGCAAGAGGUUGAGGUGCUCGACAUAUCUCAGGACUUUUGGGAUUAA